AUGGCUCUACAGGACCUGUGCCACCUCCAGGACGUCUUCCCGGACACGGACUGCUCUCCGUUUGGGACGAGGACAGGUUACCAUGACGGUGGUUUCCCCGUCAGCAGCAGCUCUCACCUGUUCAACUUCUUCAUCCCGGCGGCAGAGUUCUUGCAGGAGAGUCCUUUGCAGUUUGGACAGGUGAGCAGUGCUUCCACCUCUCAGGACCACCUCCUCUCCUCCCUCUCUUGGCCCCCCGGCCUCCCCCAGGACUCCCCUCAGUCCGUCCCCCUUCCCUUCCCCAUGUCCCACGGCACCACCACCCUGGCCUUCCUGUUCCAGGGCGGCGUCCUGGCGGCGGCCGACACCCGCUCCAGCUGCUCGGGGCUGGUGGCGUGUCCGUCCUCUCAGAAGGUCCUGCCGAUCCACAGCCACCUGGUGGGAACCACGUCGGGAACCUCGGCAGACUGCGCCCUCUGGAAGCGGAUCCUGGCUCGAGAACUCCGGCUCUACCAACUCCGACAUGGCAGACGCUUAUCCACGGCCGGCGCCGCCAAACUGAUGUCCCACAUGUUGCACCCGUUUAAAGGGAGCGAGCUGUGUGUGGCUGCGACGCUCUGCGGGUGGGACGGAGGGGAACUGGAUCAGAACCAGAAACCAACCCAGGGAGGAGCAAGAAGUGGUCCUAGUGAUCCUGUCAGUCUUGAAAAGUCCUCUCAGAGCUCGAUCGAUGCUCAGCAAAGCUUCGUCAGGAAGCGUCCCUCUGGUCCCAGUCUGUUCUACGUCUGCAGUGACGGGAGUCGCCUGCAGGGGGCGCUCUUCUCCGUGGGUUCAGGGUCCCCCUACGCCUACUCCAUCCUGGACCAGGGGGUGAGGUGGGAUCUGACGCUGCAGGAGGCUACCUCCGUCGCCAGGGAGGCCGUCUACAGAGCCACACACAGGGACGCCUGGUCUGGGAACUGUGUGGACGUCUUCCAUGUGUCCUCGCAGGGGUGGAAACGCCGGGGGAGGGAGGACCUGAGGGAGGAGUACUACAGAGAGAGGGAGAGACGAGGGGGGGGGGGAGGACCUGAGGGAGGAGUACUACAGAGAGAGGGAGAGACGAGGGGGGGAGGACCUGAGACUGUGUGA